AUGAGAUUGAACGCAUCCUCCACUCUGAUCGUGGCGGUGACCACGAGUCUUUCGUGGGCAGUCGUGACGGACGCAGCAGCGCACAAGAGAUUGCGUUAUCGACGACAGGAACCUCAGGAACCUCAAGAUCACCGCGAAAUGGCUUCUCGCUCAUCUAGUGCGACUUCGUACGAGUUCGAGACGCCUCCGUUGCUGUUCGUCAACCUUCCACAACCGAAACAACCAGAAAACAACGACCCCCUUAUUUACGACAAGGAAGAAAAAGAAGAACAAGAUUUCUGGUCCGUCUAUUUGCAAGGUCUCGUUGCGGGGAGUUUUAUGCAGGGGGCUACAGAGACGCCAGGACAACAACCUACUGAUAAGCCCGUGCCAGAACCUGUACCAACAGAUCCAGUAACCCCUGUAGACGGUGAUAACACAACUGUACCUGCAACAACUUCCAAACCAACGGCAACGCCUCAACCUGAACCCGACAAUGACGCGUUCCAACCCACCGAAACUCCCUCCAAAGCCACGCCCAUGCCGGUCAUCAGUCCAACCAAGCUUCCCACUGAGCAACUAUCCACGGAACCCACUCAAGAUCCCCUCACAGACGACCCACAACCUCCAACGAAAAAUCCCAUCGCAAGUCCCGCCUCCACCGAUAAACCGACAACCAAGCCUCCCCCACCAACGCCGUCAUUGCAACCAGACACUCCUGUACAAAACCCAACUUUGGCGACUGCAACUACAGUUCCAGCAUCGCCCCCCACCAUGGAUUCUGUGCUGCUUCCUUCUGCCGAACCAACAACAACGGAAUUUCCAUCGUCGUCAUGGCCCACCCCUGAUCCGACGCUGGAUCCUACAUCGGAUCCUACGAUGAAGCCAAGCACCAUGCCAGGCGAUGUAGAACCAACGACUUCUUCGGAACCCACGCCCGUUGUCGCAACGCAGCCCAGCGGUACGCCAACGGUAGCCGUAACAUCCUCACAGCCUGCCGAGACAGUCGUACCAACUCGCGUCGUCCAACAGACCUCGUCCCCGACUCUAGCUCCGUCACCGGGACAGCUGGCCACUACAAAGGAACCAACAAAGCCCCCUUCAACAGCAUCAGGGGGUGAUACGAACGUGCCAACCGAGAUGCCUUCGAAAUCGGCAACGGAAACGCCUACACUAGCAAACUCGGAUUUGUCACAGACCACCCCAGAGCCUACAGCGGUCGCCCCAGACAGUACACAAGCUCCUAGUAUCACACAAACUACACUUGAACCUGUACCCACAAGCAGCACCAAAACCCCGUCCAAGGCACCUACACCGGAUCCUUCCGCUCCAAGCGCUGACAACGACACGAAUGUUCCAACAACAGAUGCAAGCACAAGUACAGCAGCACCCAGUUCCAUGACCACUUCAUCAACAACGGAACAACCAACUGGAACACCCACAAUGAUCGGGACUGACAGUGACGUGGCACAGCCAACAUCUGAUAUGGAAAAUCCAACAACCAGCACAAGCAAACCUACCAUUGCUCCCGUUGAUACGGCAAUCCCCUCCGCUACCGUUUCAACCAGUACGCCAACAAAAUCAAACGAAGAACAACCAACUGGCGCUCCCACAAUAAUGGGCUCUGGUAGUGGUGAACUUCCCACCACUGGUAGUGACGCAGCAACAAUAGCCCCAACUACAACCACUUCCACGGAAAAACCAACCUCUACCAGUACUUCAAAAACACCCAGCAUCACGUCCACACAAAGGCCUACAGUCAAACCAACGGAUGCUCCCACUGCAAUUGGGGCUGAUGGUGUCGUCACGCAGCCCACAACUACUGGUGGUGCACAAGACACAGAGACUCCUACCACAGUUGCUGCAGAUGAGACAGAAGCCCCGGCACCUCCCACGCAAGUGAAACCACCUUCGGGAAUGCCCUCAAUAGUUGCCUCUGAUGGUGAACCCAAGCAGCCCACAACUUCUGAUGGUGGUGGCGAAACAACUGUGCCAACUUCUGCAGCUCCUGCUUCCGGCGCACAGGAACCAUCAUUGACGAGUGCUACUACAGCUCCUGCUACCGGCACACUGGAACCAACAAGUAUGAAACAGCAAACAGGGAUGCCCACUGAACUUUCUUCAGAUGGGGUUGUCACGCAGCCCACAACCCCUGGCAGCAAUGGAACAAAAAUGCCAACUUCAGUCCCUGGCACACAGCAACCAUCGACGACUAGUACUACAGCAGCCCCAAUCCCUGGCACAAAGGAGCCAACAAGUAUGAUUCAGCCAACAGGAAUGCCCUCUAAAGUUGCUUCUGAUGGUGAAACCAGGCAGCCAACAAGUAUGAAACAGCCUACAGUCGUGCCAACUGCAGUUGCUUCGGAUGGGGUUGUCACACAGCCAACCAGUCCUGGCAGUGUUGACACACCUGUGCCAACUCCCACACCAAGCAAACAACCAUCAUUGAGCAGUAGCACAAGUACAAAAGCACCCAGCCCCAGCACACAGGAUCCAACUGCAGCAUCCGAUGUUACAAAAGUUCCUACUAGUACAGACACACCAUCAACCAAUAAUGAACAACCACAGUCCCUCUGA